AUGUCUUUGAAUGAUUUUGAUGUAAUUAGGAAAUUAGGUGAAGGUGCCUAUUCCAGUGUUUUUAAAGUUCGUAAAAUCAGCAAUGGUUAAGAUUAUGCUAUGAAAAAUAUUAAGAUGGGAAGUCUUUCUGCCAAAGAGCAAGAAAACGCUAUCAACGAAGUUAGGUUCCUUGCCUCUUUGAGCUCAUAAGAGAUCAUUGGAUAUAAAGAAGCAUUUUAUGAUGAAAAGACUGGACUCUUACAUAUAAUAAUGGAAUAUUGUGCGGGCGGUGACCUCUUAAACAAGAUUCGCAAUUUAAAGAAAAAGAACCAGUAUCUUGAUGAGAAGGUAGUUUGGCUGUAUAUAAUUUAGAUGAUUAAAGGUUUAAAGUGUUUACAUGAUUUAAAUAUCUUGCAUAGGGAUUUUAAGUGUGCCAACAUUAUGCUCACUCGUGAUCAUAAAAAUUUGAAGCUUGGAGAUUUAAAUGUCUCAAAAGUCGCUAAGAAAGGGAUGCUUUACACUUAGACUGGAACUCCUUAUUAUGCUUCUCCUGAAGUGUGGAGAGAUAAGCCUUAUAAUUCAAAAUCAGAUGUCUGGUCUCUUGGGUGUGUAAUCUACGAAUUGGUUUCUUUAAACCCACCAUUCAAGGCUCAAGAUAUGGAAGGCUUGUUUAAGAAAGUACAAAAAGGGUAAUAUGAUCCUAUCCCAUCUUGGUAUUCAUAAGAUUUAACUGACUUUCUGAGUUUGUGCUUGUAAGUAAAUCCAAAAAUGAGAUUAACAACUUCAGAAUUACUUGAAACACCUUACAUUUAAAGAAGACUCAACAUAGCCUAAGAAUUGAAUGUUGACUACAAUCCUUUUAAUUGUGAUGUAAAGUAGGAAUUGCUAAAGACUCUGAAGGUAGGGAGGAAUCUUAAAUAACUUAAUAACAUAUUGCCAGAGCCCUAAUAUGAGUCAACAGCUUCUUCAGAAAUGAAUUCUUUUAGCAAUGAAGCUAACUCAAAAAAUCCAAUUUCAACACAAAUCAGUGAUAGUUAAAUUAACAAUUAACUUAAUAGCCCACUUAGGCGCAACGAAUAACGAAAGCUCAGCUAACCACCAUCUUAAAAAAAUAUCUCUCCUGUAAUCCCAAAAAAGAGUAGCCAUUACAACGGAGUAUAUUCUUAGCAUAUGAUUCCUUCUUCUAGCAAUAUACCCUCAAUCAAUUAAAUUCAAUCAGAAAUGAAUUUAGAUGCUUAUGAGCAGCGCCACAAUCCCCACAUCAGCAAAGCUAGCAGAAGUAGAAGUAUUGAAAAUUUAAUAUAAAUGAAGCAUCCUAUGAGUUCUAAAGGUUCUUAAUAAAAUCUUUAAUUAGGAAAUCAUCGUUAUUAGCAAAGCAAAGAUACAAUUCCAACUCUCCCACCAAUAAAUGAAAAUAAGAGAAAUUUAAUUAAAUCUGUUUAAGAUAAUAUAUUAACAAAUAUCAAACCAGUUAAUUAUAAUAAAAACUAUGAUCAAGGAAGUAACAAUUCAUAUAUAUCAAAAAAUUAUAGUAACAAGUUAAUUAAUCCUAUCAGUAGCCAAAAUAAUAUAGUAAAUGGUAUUACAACAAGCGCUAACAGCAUCUCGAACACAAAUCUCUAGAGAGAUAAUAGUGUACUUCUUUUUGCUGGUAAAAAGCUCAUUUGA